AUGGCUUCUCUGUUUCACAUUCUUCUUCUUUUUCUUGCAAUUUAUUUCCAAAUCUCGUCUUCAACGUCCGACACUCCGAAUAAAGGCUCAUCCCUAUCUGUAGAGAAACCAGACGAUGAAUUAACUUCACCGGAUGGAGUUUUCACCGCCGGGUUUCACCAAGUCGGCAACAAUUCAUUUUGCUUUGCUAUUUGGUUCAGUGAGCCAUUUGACCACUACAAAAACAGAACCAUAGUCUGGAUGGCCAACCGUGACCAACCAGUCAAUGGCAAACACUCAAAGCUCUCCCUCCUCAAAACUGGUGAUCUCAUCUUAACCGACGCUGGUCAAUCCAUUGUUUGGUCCACAGCCACCACUUCAGUCUCACAGGCGAACUUAAGCCUCCACAAUUCCGGCAAUCUUGUUUUGCUAAACUCGGAGCAUGUCAUUCUAUGGCAGAGCUUUGAUCACCCUACUGAUACUUUUCUUCCAGACCAACCACUCACCAGAAGCACAAUCCUUGUCUCCAUGAGAAGCCCGAGCAACUACUCCUCUGGCUUCUACAAGCUCUUCUUUGACAAUGACAACCUUCUCCGGCUACUCUUCGACGGUCUUGAGAUUUCAAGUGUGUAUUGGUUUGAGCCAUGGCAAACAGGCCGAACAGCCAGAAGGUCCAAAGACAACAACAGUAGAGUUGCCGUGAUGGAUUCCUUAGGCAAGUUUACUUCAUCAGACAAAUAUACUUUGAUCGCUUCCGAUUAUGGUGCAGCUUCGCAAAGAAGACUGACGGUUGAUUGUGAUGGAAAUGUUCGGUUGCACAGCCGGGCCAAACCAGGAGACAGAUGGGUUGUGACAGGGCAGAUCAUGGAAAAUGCUUGUAUGAUUCAUGGGGUUUGUGGUCCUAAUAGUGUGUGUGACUAUGAGCCUAGUACUGGAAGAAAAUGUUCUUGCAUUCCUGGUUACAAAAUGGCAAACUAUACUGAUUGGUAUUAUGGUUGUGAACCUGAGUUCAAUUACACUUGCGGCAGAGGUGAGUCCAGUUUCUUCAAGCUUUCGAGGCUCGACUUUUACGGGUAUGAUUACGGAUACUUCCCCAACUACACAUUCAUGCAGUGUGAGGAUCUCUGUUUGCAGCUGUGUAACUGCAAGGGUUUCCAAUACUGUCCCCGCAGCAGAAUAUAUGGCUGUUAUCCGAAAACGGUGUUGCUCAAUGGAUACAGGUCUCCAAGCUCUUCUAAAGACAUAUAUUUGAGAGUGCCAAAGAUCCAUCUGUCAUCUUAUGGAUUGCCACAAGAAGAAUUUAGGUUGCGUUGCUUAGAUAAGGUGGUUGAGCUAGAUAGGAGCUAUGAGAAGAGCCAUGUAACUGGUCUAGAGAAAUUUUUGCUGUGGUUUGCCUGUGGAGUUGGAGGAUUUGAGAUCAUUUGUAUACUUUUGGUUUUGGGUCUAAUAACUCAAAAUCGGAGAGAUUCCAAUGAGGAUAAGCACGGCUACCUUCUUGCUGCAACUGGAUUCAAAAGGUUUAGCUAUGCUGAGCUCAAGAAGGCAACAUGGGAUUUUAGUCAAGAAAUUGGAAGAGGAGCUGGAGGUGUUGUUUACAAAGCUGUAUUGGCUGAUCAUCGAGUUGCAGCGAUUAAGAGGCUUAAUGAAACUAACCAAGGAGAAGGUGAGUUUUCAGCAGAAGUCAACACUAUUGGGAGGCUGAACCAUAUGCAUUUGAUUGAGAUGUGGGGAUAUUGCACGGAGGGAAAGCACAGGCUUCUUGUUUAUGAGUACAUGGAGCAUGGUUCCUUGGCACAAAAGUUAGCUUCCAAUGUACUUGAUUGGGAAAAGAGGUUUGAGAUUGCUCUAGGCAUUGCAAAGGGUCUUGCUUAUUUGCAUGAAGAAUGUUUGGAGUGGGUUUUACAUUGUGAUGUUAAGCCUCAAAACAUACUCUUGGACUCCAAUUAUCAAUCAAAGGUUGCAGAUUUUGGCCUAUCCAAGCUACUUAACAGGGAUGACCUUAAGAACUGGAGCUUUUCGAGGAUACGAGGAACUAGAGGUUACAUCGCUCCGGAGUGGGUUUACAAUUUGCCUGUCACAUCCAAAGUGGAUGUGUACAGCUAUGGGGUUGUGGUGUUGGAGAUGGUGACCGGAAAGAACCCGAUAAAGCCGGAUGUGGAUGCCAUUGAUGGCGAGCAGAGAAGGCUGAUCAUGUGGGUGAGGAAGAAAUUACAUAAUGGAACUUCUGCUAUAUUCCAUUUCACUGGGUAUCUUGUUCGAUUUGCAGAUUUGCAGAGAUUCUUGGCUUCUUGCAGAGUUGUAGACUGGAGUGACCGAAGAGUUGGCUGAUUGCCUGGGUUUCUGGAAGAGUUCUGGACUUCUGGCCUUCCAUGGCUCCAUGAAUUGUGAGUUGGGAUUUUGAGUUUUGGCCUUUUGGGUAUAAGUAGAUGAUUGGGAUUGUUGGAUUUGUGAUGGGGAUAUCGGUUUUGGCCUUUUGGGUUUGUUUCACUCGGCUUAGUCAGUUUAUUUGUGCAGUAGGCUAAUAUUGUUCAAUGCGACAAUGCGGUUGAUAAUGCAUUUUCACCCCUCACAAGAUAUAAAACAAUAUUUGAUAUUGUUUUUGGACUUAAUUGACUGUAAGCAAAUAGUUUCAAUUAGAUUGUUAUAGUAUAAUACAAUAUCUAAAGAGCAUUUUCAUCUAUGACCAUCAUAAAAAACAAACUUCGAAAUUAGAUGGAAGAUGAGUUUUUUGAUGAUUUGAUGGUUCUCUACAUCGAAAAAGAAUUUGCCGAUAGCAUUGAUAAUGAUUAUGUGAUUGCCGAGUUUGAACUCAGUGGG